CUCGCUUCGUUCUUAAUACUCCAGCAAGCACUCAUCCGACUCAUCGGGACCCUGCAGUUCAUUUACACGAUUAUAUAUAUUAUACACAAAUUUCACCUCAUCUUUUUCCAAAACACAUCUACCUUCUUUCAACAUACCUUGACGACAUAACAUGGAUAGGUUGGCGGCAAUGAGAGCCCAACAACAGGGCGGUAAUUCGGGCUACCAAAGACAAAAUCCAUAUGCCAGGCAAGACGACCAUGAGUACGAAAUGGCUGACGUGCGGGAUAGCUCAACAAACCUGACUUCAAGAGGCGACAGUAUGUCGGAUUUUUAUGCGGAGAUUUCAUCCAUUCAAGACACUAUUAAGACUUUCAACGCCAACGUUUCUCGCAUUGACGAGUUGCACUCUCGUUCACUGAACAACACGGAUGAUACUGCUGCGCAGCGCAAUGCCUCUCAGCUACAAGAGCUCGUGGAGGAUACCAGUGCCCUAAGUGCGACACUCAAGCGCCGUGUAAAGGACCUGGAGAGGCAGGGAGGCAGCGGGCGUGACGGCCAGAUCCGUAAACAACAAACGGCUCUCGUCAAGUCGAAGUUUGUUGACGCCAUCCAAUCCUAUCAGACUGUUGAGCAACAGUAUCGCCAAAAGUACAAACAGCGAAUGGAGCGACAAUUCAAGAUCGUUAAGCCGGAUGCUACGCCUGAAGAGGUUCGGGCCGUCGUGAACGACGAGAAUGGGGGGCAAAUAUUCAGCCAAGCUUUGAUGAACUCCACUCGAUACGGCGAAUCAAGAGCAGCAUACCGGGAAGUACAGGAGCGGCACCAGGAUAUCAAACGUAUUGAGCAAACCAUUGCAGAACUUGCUCAGCUUUUCAACGAUAUGAGUAUGUUGGUAGAACAACAAGAUGAAACUAUCAACACGAUUCAAACAACAGCAGAAGCCGUCGAAAAAGACAUGGAAUCCGGCCUCCAGCAAACGGGAAAAGCUGUCACCUCUGCUCGCUCAGCCCGCAAAAAGCGGUGGAUCUGCUUCUUCCUUUCACUUGUCAUCAUCGCAAUCAUUGCCAUUGUCGUCGUCGUCGUCAUCAAGAACAAGUAAAACGUCUGUUUGUGACUCGUCUGCACCUGUCGCCUCAUGCUUAUUCCACCAUCUUACUUAAUAACCUGUCACCUACCUGGUUGCUCACGCUCUUUACUAUCUACCUUCUCUAUCAGUCAAUUGGACAUUAGGUUUCUAUUAUUACAGUUUGCACAUAGACAUUGAUAUCAAGACAUUUUAAAAGACAGACCAUGAAAUCUAGACCUGAGCGCAGCCUCGGCACCAGGGGCCGUGCUAUGAAUGCAACCCGCACAGGUUCACACACGGGGAUUGUUCUUAGGGAGGGCCAGUC